ACCUCGUGAGUACACCUUUCAAGUUUGUCAAGCUCGCGAGUAGCGAACGGUCGAGUCUUGUACGACGGUGUAAGAAACUAUUCAACAAUUUCUUUUCCUUACAUUCAGUGAAAAAUCAUGGAUGACACCACAAAGAACUUCGUCAAUGUCCAUACGGAUGUAAGCUGUGAUACGAAUUACGUGCCUUCUGCUAUCGAACUUGUAGAAAGUUUAAAUGCGUUCGGUACCGGAUUGCUAAGUGUCGGAUCGAUAUUCUCAGUCCUUACAAUAUACUUCGCUGUCGAUGCAUGUCACAAUAUCGUCUACCAGAAGGACUCGAAAUUUUACAAAGGAAAUGCCAUCGUGAUCCUAUCGGUGUAUCCGGUCGCGAGCGUAUGCAGUCUUAUGGCGAUUGCGAUACCAAGGGGUCAACUACUAUCCGAGGCGAUAACUCAAAUUUUCAUAACAAUCUCAUUUUAUCGGCUUUAUCUUCUCUUGCUGGACAUCGGUCGCCGAAGGAUCAGUGAGACGCCGGUGCUGAUGCUACGAGUCGGGCCCUGUUGCUGCUGGCCCUGUCUGCCCUUUCCGAACCUUCAGAUGACCGAUGCCAAUUUGUCUUGGCUAAGAAUUUUGAUCUUACAACUUCCUAUCGUCCAGGGUCUCCUCUAUUUGAUAUUGCUUUUCAUGGCAACCGAGGAGUCAACUCUCCCCACUCAAUAUGGUAUAUAUCUUCAACCAGUCAUGGUAAUCAGUAUACUCCUAGGAAUAUACAGUUUAACUAUUACUACAAAGACUCUGCAUACGACAAUUCCAGAGGCCAACUUACAUUUCAAGGCACUGGUGUCACAAUUGCUACUAUUGUUCUCUAAACUGCAGGCAGCUGUAAUUAUUAAGGGAUUGCCCGCCACAGGUAUUUUUCCGUGCAAUCUACCUCUCACCCCGACAAUUUAUGCCAAUGUGACGUAUAACUCACUAAUGUUAUUCGAAAUGCUGUUACUCUGUUACGCUGCUCGACAUGUAUAUUACGUCGAUCCGGAAAAAAAUGAAGAACAGGACGCAAUAGAUCGAGUGCCAAGAACAACGGGUCAGAUAGAUCUUAUAAAUAGCAAUGAUGGUAAUAAGCAGCUUUCAGCGAUAACAACUGCAUAAGAUUUUUCAAAUAGAUAUCACAGAAAUAUGUUGACUGUAUAUAUUAUUUAUAUUGAAAAAAACUCUCAUCGACGAAAAAUUCGUAUUUCUCGACAAAAUUUUAAUCAGCAGACAUCGAUCGAUAUGAGUAAGCUGAUAUUAAUCAAUGCAAGUAAAACGGGAUUAUGUAGAUAUAGAGCUAGAGAUGUUAUGGGUUUUUCUUCUGAAUAGUUUAACUUUUAACUCUAUUUUUACAAAUCCUCUCUCUACCUUUACAUAAGCUUCCUUAUGUAUAUAUUAUUAUUAAUUUU